AUGUCAAUUGCACUCGAAAACGGUGCGGCAUCGGCGGCGUCGGAGGGUUCCUUGCUGGGGCUCAUACGACGUCAGCUGGUGAAGCCAACGGACCUGCCGAAGGAUUUGCGCCUCGAUGGCCAGGUUGCCAUAGUCACGGGCGGCAACGGGGGCUUGGGCUUCGAGGCGUCGCGCCAUCUCCUUCGCCUAGGGCUCUCGCACCUCAUCAUAGGCGUGCGGUCCAAAGCGAGGGGUGACGACGCCGCCACGAGCCUUCGCAAGGAAUUCCCAUCGUCAAAGGUGUCUGUGUUGAUCCUCGACAUGGAAUCAUACGACUCGUGCCGCCGCUUUGCAGACCAGUGCGCUGGGCUGCCGCGGGUCGACAUGGUGGUACUGAACGCCGGCGGCAUGAGGACACCGUUCGCCACUGUGCCGGAGACAGGACACGAGGCCACCAUGCAGGUCAAUUACUUCUCGACCGCGCUUCUCUCCAUCCUGCUCCUUCCGGUCCUCAAGGCGAAGAGAAACAACCACAGCGCCGAUGGAAAGUCGCGGAAUCCCCCUGUUCUCAGCAUCGUGGGAUCUGACAUCAUGUGGUCAACCAAGGUCGAGACCGUGGGGCCGAUCCUGAAGCAAUUUGACGAGUCCAAAGAAUUCGCCCAGCCGCGCUGGUACGGCACGUCAAAAACGCUACUGGCGCUCUUUGUCUGGAGCCUAUCCGAGCUGGUCAGCCCGGACGCGGUGGUCGUCAACCUCGUCAACCCGGGCAUGACAGGCGGCACCAGCUUUUUCGACAGGGAGUCCUUCCUUGUGCGCAAGGUUGUCGCCGUAAUGCAACUCCUGCUGGCCCGAAAGGCAGAUGUAGCAGCGACGACGUACGUGGAUGCAGUUGCCGCUCGGGGAAAAGACAGCCACGGGGCGGUUUUGAGCGACUGGACGGUCAAGCCGUACCCGAGCAUCUGCUACACGCCAGAAGGCCUGGCAUUUAGGGAUCGUCUGUGGGAAGAGACAAUGGAGGAGCUGAAUUCGUAUGGGGCAUCCAAAAUUGUCGCAGACCUUGAUGCCAAUCAUUGA